CAUCCUGUGCAGUUUCGACACGUAUACGACAGCCACGAACACUUUACGGCACCACGGUAGCAAAAUGGCAUCAGGCAGUGGGUCUAAGAAUGAUUUUCGGCGCAAAUGGGACAAAGAUGAAUAUGAACAGCUGGCUGAGAAACGCCUUACGGAGGAGAGAGAGAAAAAAGAUGGCAAGCCUGUGCCUCCCGUCAAGCGGGAGCUCCUCCGCCACAGAGAUUAUAAAGUGGAUCUGGAGUCAAAACUGGGGAAAACUAUUGUCAUCACAAAGACCACACCCCAGGCUGAGAUGGGGGGAUACUACUGCAAUGUCUGUGAUUGUGUGGUAAAAGAUUCCAUAAACUUUUUGGAUCAUAUCAAUGGCAAAAAACAUCAGAGAAAUCUGGGAAUGUCCAUGCGAGUAGAGCGCUCUUCAUUGGACCAAGUAAAAAACCGUUUUGAAGUAAACAAGAAAAAGUUGGAGGAAAAGCAGAAGGAGUACGAUUUUGAGGAACGAAUAAAGGAGUUGCGAGAGGAGGAGGAGAAAGCAAAAGCCUACAGAAAAGAGAAGCAGAAGGAAAAGAAAAGAAAGGCAGAAGAAGAGCUCAACUUUGAAGACGAGGAUGAAAUGGCUGCUGUUAUGGGAUUCUCUGGGUUUGGAUCUUCCAAAAAAGGCCACUGAUCAAUUUCUCUUUCACCUGUUUGUUACCAAUGCCUUAUCUGUAUUGGUAUCCCUGAACACCAGGUCCCAUAUCACUGAAACAUGCAAGAACUUUUACUAUUCCUUGACCAUACAGCUUGUUAAAUACUAUUGUUAAAUAUUCCUCUUUCAGCUAGUGUGGUAAAGACUCUGGUUGGCAGAUCUGUUUUUUGUUUUUUUUACCCUUGAUUAUAGAAUGUCAGGAAAAAAGCAGCAUUCACUCCUUAUUAUAAUUAGGUUGUUGUAAGGUAAUUGUUGUAAAUAAGCCUGCAUAACGCAUUUAUUCUUUUGUGAGUUGAGUCUGAAGUAAACCUAUUACCCCUUCUGCAGAAUGGAACAGGAAAUGCUAAAGCAAUGCAACAUUUUUGGAAGACAAGAACUGAAUACAUUUAUUCAGUGUGGCAGAUCUGGAGGAUAGGACAAAACCGUUCGUGCUGUGUAACGACUGAGCAGUUUGUGUGCAUUUUUUUUUUUUUUUUUUUUUUAAUUGAAUGGAUGGAUUGUAUUAUUUUGUGGUUAUUUUACAUUAAAACAUUGUACCAAAUAUUAAGUGUAUUUCCAGUACAAAACAAUAUAAACUAGAAAGAUUAAAUUUUUUAAAUCCUAAAUAACCACUUGAUGGUGCUGUUGUUCCACAAAAACCUUUGACAAACAACUGGCAAAAUGAUCUUUAAAAUUGGUCAAAUCAAAACUGAAAUAAAUAUUUAAACUGUUAGCUAUAUUGUAUCAUCAGUCUGUGGUUAAAUA